AUGGCUUUCACUGUAUCGGAGCUGAUAGUCAUAAACUGGCUAUCAUGGCUGAUGAUCAUAUCAGGCGUAUUUGUAAUGGUAUCACUUUUACUUGGUAUGCGAGCGGUGUAUGGGCGAUAUACCAUACAGUCAUCGUUAUGUUCGCUGCUUACUUUACAAUUUCAGUUUACUAUCCAAACACGAUAUGCAUGGUUUAUACAGGAGCUGCCUUCAUUUGUUAUACCUGUUUACUACAUCGUCGGAUGUCGAAGUGUUGCUGGUUUCAUAGUACUGGCUGCUUUUAUUAUUCACUACUUUAACAGGACUUUCAUAUACCCGUUCCAAUUAAAAUCUGGAAACGGCACACCAUGGUUUAUCUGUCUUUCUGCGAUUGCUUUCUGCUCUUGGAAUGGCUAUUUACAGGGUAGCUAUCAUGGUCAGUAUUACGAUCCUUCCAGCUUCUUUUCAAAUUGUUUGACGUUUAUCGGUAAGAUCUACGCAUGCUUAGUUUUGAACAGCGCAUGGUCUCAUGCAUCUAACAUUGCAGGCGUGUCAAUGUUUGCAGUGGGAAUGUUCAUCAAUAUUCACUCGGAUAGUAUUCUCCGAAGCCUUCGAAAACCUGGUGAAACAGGGUAUAAAAUACCGCGAGGUGGAUUGUUCGAAUACGUUUCUGGCGCAAAUUUUUUUGGUGAAAUAGUCGAAUGGGCUGGUUUCGCCAUAAUGUCAGGUUCAUUACCGGCCAUGUCUUUUGCCAUAUUCACUGCUUGCAAUAUUGGACCGCGGGCAAUCCAGCAUCACCACUUAGCGUUAGAUGGGUCGGCGUCAUAUGGGCGUCAAGAAAUUGAGAAAGGUUCACCAGAAGCUUUGAAUUCUUCCCCACUCUCACUUAGUCGUUAUUGA